AUGGAUAAAAUUGAGAUGAAGGUGGUGAGAGGAAUUCCCCAGUAUGGUUUUAUUCAUUUCAGUGACAUAACAAGCGUCUGCAAUGCAUUUAAGGAAAUGGAUGGUUACAAGCAUGGGAGUAGCCGGCUUAAGCUUGGCUUUGGAAGGCGCAGACCAACAAACUGUGUGUGGUUGGAUAGUCUUCCCUCUGACAUGACAUCGGAAACAUUAAAGAAGCACUACUCGCAGUUUGGGACUGUGGUAGAGGUUGUGCUGGACAAGCUGAAACAUAGGGCAUUAGUUCUUUUUCUUGAUACGAAAGAUGCUAUUGUGGCUUUGAGAAGGACCAGAUAUUGGAAUCCUGGUGGGAAAACGUUAAUGGUUGAUUUUUCAACACAGAAUGGCCAGCUCUUCUUUUACCAGUCUAUGAAGGCAUCUGGUCAAGACCUUGGAGAUAUGAGUGAUUUAUCUGGAGAUGAAAGUGAUGAUUCCUCGGAGAAAGCAAAGACACAGUCUACUUCAGGUGCACCAAAGAACAGCAGCUCAAGCACCAAGGAUAAAACCAAGUCUUCAAAACCUUCAGGUAUAACAUUGGAAUCAGUUUGA